GAGGAGAUUCUGCCUUUGUGGUUAGUCUCAGUGCGGCUUGGACAAGCUUAAUGCCUUAGAAAGAAAUACCCCACCUCAAAAAGACACCUGCCUCUGAACUGGCUUGAGGCCCAUUGCCUUCCGCCAGCCAUUCCUCUGCAGCUCGAACCCAAGCCUGUCUCAGCCCAGCCUUGUUCAUUGAGCAGAACCUUCAGGGAGGAGCCCGCUGACUGCCUUGUUCUUUCUCCUCAGCCUGUCGAGAAGUCCCAGAAAGCAUAGCUGACUUAGGGAAGGUCUGGGAAAAAUCUCCCCGCUUUUGGGGGGGCAGGGGCGGGGGAUGAGCCACGGCUGAGGAGGAACUCUGAAGACUCUGUAGAUUGCUCUAGACCGCCUCAGACUCUCUCUGCACGGCGUGGAGAGGAUUUGUGCAAACAUUUCCUCUCUGGACCGAGAGGAAUGCGAGAGGAGACGGCCUGCAGUGCAUCUAGGACGGCUACGGAGAUGUGCCCCCACUUGUGAAGGUGCAUGAGGAAGAUGAAGCUGGGAUCGAGCAGGGCAGGGCCUGGGAGAGGAAGCGUGGGACUCCUGCCUGGCAUCCCCGAGCUGCCCAUGGGCAUCCGUGCCCCCUGGGGGACCAGCCCUUUCCCCCUCUACACAAAGUGUAUAUGGGCCCCUGGGAGGCCCAUCCUUGCCCUGGUCCUGCUGGUUUCCAUCAAGCAAGUUACAGGAUCUCUCCUUGAGGAAACGACUCGGAAGUGGGCUCAGUAUAAACAGGCAUGUCUGAGAGACCUACUCAAGGAACCUCCUGGCAUAUUUUGUAACGGGACGUUUGAUCAGUUCUUGUGUUGGCCUCAUUCUCCUCCUGGAAAUGUCUCUGUGCCCUGCCCUUCAUACUUACCUUGGUGGAGUGAAGAGAGCUCAGGAAGGGCCUACAGACACUGCUUGGCUCAGGGGACUUGGCAGACGGUAGAGAACGCCACGGAUAUUUGGCAGGACGACUCCGAAUGCUCCGAGAACCACAGCUUCAAGCAAAACGUGGAUCAUUAUGCCUUGCUGUCAACCUUGCAGCUGAUGUACACCGUGGGAUACUCCUUCUCUCUUAUCUCCCUCUUCCUGGCUCUCACCCUCCUCUUGUUUCUUCGAAAGCUCCACUGCACACGCAACUACAUCCACAUGAACCUGUUUGCUUCUUUCAUCCUGAGAACACUGGCUGUGCUGGUGAAGGACGUCGUCUUCUACAACUCUUACUCCAAGAGACCUGACAAUGAGAAUGGGUGGAUGUCCUACCUGUCAGAGAUGUCUACCUCCUGCCGCUUAGUCCAGGUUCUCUUGCACUACUUUGUGGGUGCCAAUUACUUAUGGCUGCUGGUCGAAGGCCUCUACCUCCAUGCGUUGCUGGAGCCCACAGUGCUUCCUGAAAGACGGCUGUGGCCCAGAUACCUGCUGUUGGGUUGGGCCUUCCCUGUGCUGUUUGUUGUACCCUGGGGUUUCGCCCGUGCACACCUGGAGAACACAGGGUGCUGGACAACAAAUGGGAAUAAGAAAAUCUGGUGGAUCAUCCGAGGACCCAUUUUACUCUGUGUAACAGUCAAUUUCUUCAUCUUCCUGAAAAUUCUCAAGCUUCUCAUUUCUAAGCUCAAAGCUCAUCAAAUGUGCUUCAGAGAUUAUAAAUACAGAUUGGCGAAAUCAACACUGGUCCUCAUUCCUUUAUUGGGUGUUCAUGAGAUCCUCUUCUCUUUCAUUACUGAUGAUCAAGUUGAAGGAUUUGCGAAACUUGUACGACUUUUCAUUCAGUUGACACUGAGCUCCUUUCAUGGAUUCCUGGUGGCCUUGCAGUAUGGUUUUGCCAAUGGAGAGGUGAAGGCUGAGCUGCGGAAAUACUGGAUCCGCUUCUUGCUAGCCCGCCACUCAGGCUGCAGAGCCUGUGUCCUGGGGAAGAACUUCCGGUUCCUGGGAAAAGGUCCCAAGAAGCUCUCGGAGGGAGAUGGCGCUGAGAAGCUUCGGCAGCUGCAGCCCUCACUUAACAGUGGGCGGCUCCUACACCUAGCCAUGCGAGGUCUUGGGGAGCUGGGCACCCGGCCCCAACAGGACCAUGCACGCUGGCCCCGGGGCAGCAGCCUGUCCGAGUACAGCGAGGGGGAUGUCACCCUGGCCAACACCGUGGAGGAGAUUCUGGAAGAGAGUGAGAUCUAGGGUGGAGUCCCACCACCCUGGCCCUGCUCCCAGGGAUUCUUGAGGGGGCCCAGGAAGAGGAAGCACAGCAGGACACAUGUUUCUGGGCACGGAAUUAUUCUUGUUCCAUUCACCAUGUCACUUUGCUAUGAAGGCUAUCACAAGGUUCUUCAAGCUCUGUGUGAAAGAGCUUGUCCUGCUCACAGCUUCUGCCUGCUCUUCUCAUCCUAAUAACCCCCACCAGUGUGUUUUCCAGAAUGCCCACCAGACCCUAGCACCUGGCUCUAAAUUCAACCAAAUGCCCUAUUGUGAAGAGAGGUCUCCUGUGACAUAGAAGCCAGCGAGUAUCUCAUCCUUUAUCCCUCAUGGUGCACGGUUUCCAUCUGAGGUUGGGUUUAGGGUGCCUGAGAACCUCCUAGGAAGCUUUUAAAAUGCAGACUCCUAGACGUGUGGCUACGAUUCUAAGACAGUGAGUCUGGGACCAUGGCCAGCAAAGGGAACUG